AUGGAUACCCUUGUUGCACAAUGCAGUCAUCUAGUGUCGCCAGGAUAUAAAAACUUCAUUCUCUCCAUCUUGAUCAUCUUCGGGAUCCUCUUCUCCUACAUCCCCCAACACCACCGCAUCAUCACCCUCAAAAGCUCCUUCGGAAUCUCCCCGUACUUUGUCCUGCUGGGCACCACGUCCGGCUCGGCGGCCGUGGCCAACGUGGUGUCCCAGGAACAAAGCCUACAGGAUAUGGCCUGCUGCUCGAAUGUCAGCGGAUUCUCCUGUUUCGCAGGCCUCCUGGGGAUCUUCCAGGUGGCAACCCAGUGUCUCUGCUUCUUCACCAUUCUCUUCCUCUUCACCUUUUACUUCCCCAGAGAAUACCCCGAACCCGCGCAAGUCACCCCAGGAUACCCCAAGCCCAGCCGGGGCCCCACCUACCGCACCGCCCUGGUCGUCUGCGCCAUCUGCAUCCUGCACGCAGCCGCCAUGCUGAUCACCACACUCGCCGUCGGUCUGAAGCAGCCCUCCGCCCUCCAGUCCUGGUCCAACUUCUGCGGCAUCCAAGCCGCCGUCCUCGCCUCGAUCCAGUACUUCCCCCAGAUCUGGACCACCCUGCGACUCCGCUGCGUCGGCAGCCUCAGCAUCCCCAUGAUGUGCAUCCAAACACCCGGCAGUCUCGUCUGGGCCGGCAGCCUCGCUGCCAGACUGGGCACCAAGGGCUGGAGCACGUGGGGCGUGCUGAUCGUGACGGCUUGUCUGCAGGGCACGCUGCUGGUGCUGGGCAUAUUCUUCGAAUACCUCGGUCCGAACAAGGGCCAUGCGCACCACGGUGGAAAGGACACGACGCAGGAUGUCGAAGCCGAGGAGGAUGAUGAUGAUGAUGUUGGUGAUGGCGUUGAGGAGGAGGAGCAGCCGUCCGAAGAGACGCCGCUAUUGCGCGAUCGGUGAUUCUGCCAAGCGUAUUGCUGUUUUGGAAGAGCUGGAAUAGUCUCUCCAAUGGUUUCUGAGAGCGUAUAUAUGAUAUAUGUACU